AUGGAGACACUCGUUGUUGUGCAGCAUCGGAAUCAAUACUACAGCAGGAACAAGUCUAGUAUCCAUGAUGGAUUUGGUUCUUCUCCAUCCAGAAGCUUCAGUGAGAUCAAUUGUAGAACUUUUCAAUCUGGAGGAGGUAUUCUACCUAACCCAUGGAAGCCUUCUAACAGUCCUGCUGCGUUUAAUAAAGCUUGCUCUCCUCCCCGAACUCCAUCCCCUGUUAAUGGAAAAAGCAGUAGUGCCGUACCUAUCGACAUCAAGGCCACAAAGGUUGAAAGGUCUUUUAGCGAUGACCUAACUUACUCUGAGCUCUGGGCAGGGCCAACUUAUUCGAACUCACCUCCUCCUAGUUCAUUGCCGAUCCCUAAAUUUUCUCUCCGGCAAAAGCGAAGUGUGUCGCUUGAUGCGUCUGCUUCUGUCUCGGAGAUAGUAGCGCACCCCAUUGCUAGGUCUGCUCCGCCUUCACCCACAAGGGAACCACAGUCUUUUCAAAGGAGUUUCUUUCUCAGCACUGACUCGGCAACUAGGGAUCUGCGUCGUAUUCUCCAUCUGGAUAUCAGUGACGAUUGA